AUGAGCCUAAUCGCCUGCGCAAGAUUCUCUGGUCACACAGCCAUUAGGUCUCUCGACUAUCUCCGCCCACUUUACGCAGCUCUGCCUCUAAUAUUCGCCGGCGCCUCCGCCACCACCACAACCGUCCGCCAGUUCAGUACUCCAGUGUGUACAGUCAAUAGGUUUCAAUCUUCUGCCCCACGUCAGACGCCACUAUCCUCCAUUGCCACCGCCAUUAUCCGUCACUUCAAUAGCUCUCCUAUAGGUACUCGAGGAUUCAAUAGUAAAGCUACUUUGACUGCAAAGGAAUCUAAGAAGAUCACUUGGGCGAUACAGAAUUUCGCCUCUUUACAAUCUAAGAGUAUUCGUUCUGAUCAGUUCGUAGUCGGUGGCUGCAAAUGGCAUCUUAAAGCCUAUCCUAAAGGCUGUAGGGCUAAAAGUCACUUGGCUUUUUUACAACAUUGGUAUGAUAAGAAGUCACCUGACUGGGGAACAUCAUACAUGCUUCCCCUUGAUCAACUUGAGGCCAAAGAUAGCGGAUUUCUAGUAAACGGGGAACUCAAAAUUUUUACCGAGAUAGAUGUUUUAGAAGUUAUUGGCAAAGUAAAUGUAAAGAACCAAACUUCAACAUCAACAGUAACGGAAUUCAUGAAUGUUAAUGGGUUUGACCUUUUUCCUUCACAGAAAAAAAUUAUGAGCCGUGUGCUUACAAGAUACCCAGAGAUUGCAUCUGAAUUCCGUCCAAAGAACCCAACACUAAGGACAAGCUACAUGAGUUUUCUACUCGGUAUGGUUGAGACUAUGUGCCACUCGCCUCAGGAUCUCUCUAAAGAUGAUAUGUAUAGUGCAUAUGCUGCAGUUAAAUGCCUGACAGAGGCAGGGUUUAAGUUGGAUUGGUUGCAAAACAAACUUGACGAGGUGUCUGAAAUAAAAGAGAAAGAGAAGGUUGGUGAGACUCAUUUGAAAGGAAUGGAGGAAAAGUUGAAGAUGAAUUAUCUAGACGUUGACGCUAUAUAUGUCAAUUGGUCAAGUCCAUCUGGGCGCAGGCAGGACCAAUUGACAGCUCUAGUUGAAGCUGUGGUGAAUAAGAAAUUCCAAAGGUUUCGGCUAGAAAACUUUCUCUCUUAUUUGAUGGUGUGGUUUACUAAACUGUACUUGUGA